AUGGCUGAGAUUCUAAAGCACCCGAAGGUCUUGACAAAAUUUCAGAAUGAAGUAAGGGGUGUGAACAAAGCUGAAGAUGACAUAUUGACAGAGGGUGAUUUGGUUGAUAUGCACUACUUGAAGGCGGUGAUCAAUGAGUCUCUUCGCUUACACCCUCCCCUUGCACUACUAUUUCCUAGAAUAUUGAUGCAAGAUGUGAAAAUAAAUGGUUACAACAUUAAAGCCAAUACACAAGUCAUAGUGAAUGCCUGGCAGGUCGGUCGAGAUCCCAAGUCCUACGAUUACAAACCAGAGGAUUUCGAGCCAGAAAGGUUCUUGACGGUUAAUAAAGGUAUAAAUUACAUAGGGAAUGACUUCCAGUUUAUUCCGUUUGGUGCCGGUCGGAGAAUCUGUCCGGGAGUUCAGUUUGCGUCAGCUGUGUAUGAGAUUGCUCUAGCAAAUUUGCUGCACAAGUUCGAUUGGACAUUGCCUGGUGGAGUAAGAAGCGAGGAUUUGGACAUGACCGAGUCAGCUGGUUUAACAAUUCAUCGGAAAUACCCACUUAAAGCGGUUGCAAUUCCAUAUUCAUCAGAUUAA